CGCUAGAGUGGCCGCAUGCGUGGCGGCGUGCUCCCGGCUCUCUCGGAAGUCUCCCAGGGAGGAGGCGGAAACGGAACUCUAACCAGGGCCGAGAAGGACUGUUGCCGCGUGUGGAGGUUCACCUGUCCCCAGGCUUCAUGGCGGUCCGCGCGUCUUUCGAGAACAACUGUGAGAUCGGCUGCUUUGCCAAACUUACCAACACCUACUGCCUGGUGGCCAUCGGAGGAUCAGAGAACUUUUACAGUGUGUUCGAGGGCGAGCUCGCUGAUACCAUCCCCGUGGUGCACGCGUCCAUCGCUGGCUGCCGCAUCAUCGGGCGCAUGUGUGUGGGGAACCGGCAUGGUCUCCUGGUGCCCAACAACACCACUGACCAGGAGCUGCAACACAUUCGCAACUGCUUACCAGACUCAGUGCAGAUCCGGCGGGUGGAGGAACGGCUCUCAGCCCUGGGCAAUGUCACCACCUGCAACGACUAUGUGGCCUUGGUCCACCCAGACCUGGACAGGGAAACAGAAGAAAUCCUGGCUGAUGUGCUCAAGGUGGAAGUCUUCAGACAGACAGUGGCUGACCAGGUGUUAGUAGGAAGCUACUGUGUCUUUAGCAAUCAGGGAGGGCUGGUACAUCCCAAGACUUCAAUUGAAGACCAGGAUGAGCUGUCUUCUCUCCUUCAAGUCCCCCUUGUGGCGGGCACUGUGAACAGAGGCAGUGAGGUGAUUGCCGCCGGGAUGGUGGUGAACGACUGGUGUGCCUUCUGUGGCCUGGACACAACCAGCACAGAGCUGUCAGUGGUGGAGAGCGUCUUCAAGCUGAAUGAAGCCCAGCCUAGCACCAUUGCUACCAGCAUGCGGGAUUCCCUCAUCGACAGCCUCACCUGAGUCACCUUCAAUGCUGUUCUGUGGGCUCCUGGCUCUGGACCCUCUCCGAGUCCCACCCAGUCUGUCCCGGAUGUUGGCAGGGCGGUGGCAGAGAGCUCACUGGGACUCAGUGGCUGGUGCCCAGCCCUUCUUCACCUGUGCCCAUCUCCUGAAUCUAUAGUUACUACUAGUUACUGUAAAAAUCUGUCACAUCAUGCUGGCUGGCUGGCCCUGUGGCUUCUGGCUGAUCACUCUUCUGUUCUGUACCACCCCAUUAAAGGGCAGCUUCCUCUG